UUCUUGACCUCCACAGGGAUACAACCAAUGAGACAAUUGCUCGUGUUGACUACAAAGUGCAGAAGGGAAAUCCUGAUAGCCCAAGCUCUUUCCUUUCUGACAUACUGAAACUCUGUGCUCCCUCAACAACCAACAGCACGAUGGCAGCAACUCUAACAAGCCCGAUCAUCAAUGCAACUACUGUCACCACAGCUGCCACCAUUAUGGGAUCUGCACUGAUCUACAUUCAGUUGGAAAUUAAUACUACAGGACCAGUCCCCAAUGAUCAAGACAUUCUAAGCGCAGCCAAAUCUCUCCCAAAUCCACUGGUUUUAUCCAACAUGAACAAUUUGACUCAGCCUCAGAAAAUCCAGGAAAUCACUGUGGCAAAUAUGUCCAACAAUUCCUUUGUCAUCAACUUCGGAUUCCAGAUAUACAACAUGACCAUGUCAAAGGAUGUCGACCUCAGGAAUGAAACUCAUGACCUGAUUCAGGAGUGUGUCAAUAAAUUGCUGAACGCGAUACUAACAGAUCCAUCAGCACCGCCUGCGGUCUUCCCUCCAACAAACUUCACGGAUACAACCAAUGAGACAAUUGCUCGUGUUGACUACAAAGUGCAGAAGGGAAAUCCUGAUAGCCCAAGCUCUUUCCUUUCUGACAUACUGAAACUCUGUGCUCCCUCAACAACCAACAGCACGAUGGCAGCAACUCUAACAAGCCCGAUCAUCAAUGCAACCAGUGUCACCACAGCUGCCACCACUAUGGGAUCUGCACUGAUCUACAUUCAGUUGGAAAUUAAUACUACAGGACCAGUCCCCAAUGAUCAAGACAUUCUAAGCAUAGCCAAAUCUCUCCCAAAUCCACUGGUUUUAUCCAACAUGAACAAUUUGACUCAGCCUCAGAAAAUCCAGGAAAUCACUGUGGCAAAUAUGUCCAACAAUUCCUUUGUCAUCAACUUCGGAUUCCAGAUAUACAACAUGACCAUGUCAAAGGAUGUCGACCUCAGGAAUGAAACUCAUGACCUGAUUCAGGAGUGUGUCAAUAAAUUGCUGAACGCGAUACUAACAGAUCCAUCAGCACUGCCUGCGGUCUUCCCUUCAGCAAACUUCACGGAUACAACCAAUGAGACAAUUGCUCGUGUUGACUACAAAGUGCAGAAGGGAAAUCCUGAUAGCCCAAGCUCUUUCCUUUCUGACAUACUGAAACUCUGUGCUCCCUCAACAACCAACAGCACGAUGGCAGCAACUCUAACAAGCCCGAUCAUCAAUGCAACUACUGUCACCACAGCUGCCACCAUUAUGGGAUCUGCACUGAUCUACAUUCAGUUGGAAAUUAAUACUACAGGACCAGUCCCCAAUGAUCAAGACAUUCUAAGCGCAGCCAAAUCUCUCCCAAAUCCACUGGUUUUAUCCAACAUGAACAAUUUGACUCAGCCUCAGAAAAUCCAGGAAAUCACUGUGGCAAAUAUGUCCAACAAUUCCUUUGUCAUCAACUUCGGAUUCCAGAUAUACAACAUGACCAUGUCAAAGGAUGUCGACCUCAGGAAUGAAACUCAUGACCUGAUUCAGGAGUGUGUCAAUAAAUUGCUGAACGCGAUACUAACAGAUCCAUCAGCACCGCCUGCGGUCUUCCCUCCAACAAACUUCACGGAUACAACUAAUGAUACAAUUGCUCGUGUUGACUACAAAGUGCAGAAGGGAAAUCCUGAUAGCCCAAGCUCUUUCCUUUCUAACAUCCUGAAACUCUGUGCUCCCUCAACAACCAACAGCACGAUGGCAGCAACUCUAACAAGCCCGAUCAUCAAUGCAACCAGUGUCACCACAGCUGCCACCACUAUGGGAUCUGCACUGAUCUACAUUCAGUUGGAAAUUAAUACUACAGGACCAGUCCCCAAUGAUCAAGACAUUCUAAGCAUAGCCAAAUCUCUCCCAAAUCCACUGGUUUUAUCCAACAUGAACAAUUUGACUCAGCCUCAGAAAAUCCAGGAAAUCACUGUGGCAAAUAUGUCCAACAAUUCCUUUGUCAUCAACUUCGGAUUCCAGAUAUACAACAUGACCAUGUCAAAGGAUGUCGACCUCAGGAAUGAAACUCAUGACCUGAUUCAGGAGUGUGUCAAUAAAUUGCUGAACGCGAUACUAACAGAUCCAUCAGUACCACCUGUGGUCUUCCCUCCAACAAACUUCACGGAUACAACCAAUGACGCAAUUGCUCGUGUUGACUACAAAGUGCAGAAGGGAAAUCCUGAUAGCCCAAGCUCUUUCCUUUCUGACAUACUGAAACUCUGUGCUCCCUCAACAACCAACAGCACGAUGGCAGCAACUCUAACAAGCCCGAUCAUCAAUGCAACCACUGUCACCACAGCUGCCACCACUAUGGGAUCUGCACUGAUCUACAUUCAGUUGGAAAUUAAUACUACAGGACCAGUCCCCAAUGAUCAAGACAUUCUAAGCAUAGCCAAAUCUCUCCCAAAUCCACUGGUUUUAUCCAACAUGAACAAUUUGACUCAGCCUCAGAAAAUCCAGGAAAUCACUGUGGCAAAUACGUCCAACAAUUCCUUUGUCAUCAACUUCGGAUUCCAAAUAUACAACAUGACCAUGUCAAAGGAUGUCGACCUCAGGAAUGAAACUCAUGACCUGAUUCAGGAGUGUGUCAAUAAAUUGCUGAACGCGAUACUAACAGAUCCAUCAGCACCGCCUGCGGUCUUCCCUCCAGCAAACUUCACGGAUACAACUAAUGAUACAAUUGCUCGUGUUGACUACAAAGUGCAGAAGGGAAAUCCUGAUAGCCCAAGCUCUUUCCUUUCUAACAUCCUGAAACUCUGUGCUCCCUCAACAACCAACAGCACGAUGGCAGCAACUCUAACAAGCCCGAUCAUCAAUGCAACCACUGUCACCACAGCUGCCACCACUAUGGGAUCUGCACUGAUCUACAUUCAGUUGGAAAUUAAUACUACAGGACCAGUCCCCAAUGAUCAAGACAUUCUAAGCACAGCCAAAUCUCUCCCAAAUCCACUGGUUUUAUCCAACAUGAACAAUUUGACUCAGCCUCAGAAAAUCCAGGAAAUCACUGUGGCAAAUACGUCCAACAAUUCCUUUGUCAUCAACUUCGGAUUCCAGAUAUACAACAUGACCAUGUCAAAGGAUGUCGACCUCAGGAAUGAAACUCAUGACCUGAUUCAGGAGUGUGUCAAUAAAUUGCUGAACGCGAUACUAACAGAUCCAUCAGCACCGCCUGCGGUCUUCCCUCCAACAAACUUCACGGAUACAACCAAUGAGACAAUUGCUCGUGUUGACUACAAAGUGCAGAAGGGAAAUCCUGAUAGCCCAAGCUCUUUCCUUUCUGACAUACUGAAACUCUGUGGUCCUUCGAUGACCAACAGCACGUUGACAACAACUUUACCCAACCCAACCACCACUAUGACCAUUGUUUCGAGACCUAUGACCAAUUUUACAACAGCUACGACUACUUUGGGAUCUGCACUGAUCUUCAUUCGGCUGGUUUUCAUAACGCAAUCUUUAGCCCCCAGUCAGAGCGCCAUUCUCACUAUAGUUGAUAAAUUUCUGUCACCACGACUGAAAUUUGCUUCUAAAAGUCCACGUGAUCCCGUCAGCAUCCAGAAUGCAGUGUUUGAACCUAUAUCCAGCAAUUCCUUUGGCAUUAAUUUCGAAUUCAAGAUACCUCAGGUGAACAUGUCAGAAAAUUACACACUCAGGAAUGACACUUAUGAUGAGAUCCAGACGUCUCUUGAUAACCUGUUGAACGCAAUACUAAAAAACCCAACAGCAAGCCACGUGAAUUUUCCUAGAGCGUUAUACACGAGCUUGCAGAAUGAGAGUCUGAUACUUGUUGACUUUAAGUAUGUGUUCCGAGAGGGUGAUAUUAACAAUCCCAGCUCUUUCCUUGCGGAGAUCCUGAAAGCCUCUGGUUUGGCUGAUAACAAUGCAGCGAUAACAAUAUAUCCACCCGACCAAACUGAAAGCCUUUUGCUCACCAGUCCUGGGGCUAACAUCACUCCUGUGGGAGGUGGCUUCCCAGCGUGGGCUUUGGCCAUUAUCAUCCCAUGUGCAAUCUUUAUCAUUCCCGCCAUGAUUCUCCUUUGUUGCCUGCUUGGCGGCUGCUGUGCGGCCCUUCAGAGAUAUUGGCGCAGAAGGCGUUUUUCCACUCUUCAGUACAUACUACACAACAACUAGAGACAACGUGUAUUAUAGCCAAGGACUGAUAUAACUGGUACGCAAGUACACAUUCGCCUUUAAACGUGAUACGUGUGGCAAUCGAUUCAUGUACAUUAAUCGAUUGUCGCACGUAUCGCUUUUAAUUGACAGUUAUGACACUCCCUGAAUUAUAAUAUAAUUAAUUAAGUCCAUUAUGCAAAAAUUAUUCAAUGCAUGUAACAGUGAGAAUGAUCUUUUUGGUGCUUUUUUGUCCUUAAAUAAUUGUAUAUAAGUUUGCCCUGCUAUAUUUUUCAAUGUUAUUCAUUUUGUAAAAAAUGAAUUGUUGAUCAGAAUGAUUCUGCACAGGACAACAUAAAUCUUUUGAUUUCAAUUGAUUUGAAAAGAUCAUAGGAAAUAAUUUAUGAUGAAUAAAAUUUAAUUGUGGUAAAUUAAUGAAAUGUGUUACUUGUAUUAAUAAUUAAGGAAGAUGUGUGCUGCAUAAUAUUGGACUAUUUUUCUAAAAUUUGAAACUGCAGUAAUCUUUAUGUAUUACCUAAAUAUACGACUUUCUGUAUCACAGAAUGUAAACAAAAGACAAUCAAUCUGGAACACCAUAAAUGUCCAUUUUAUAUAAAUGCACCUUAUUAAUAAUUGUUGGUUACUUUCUGUCUUGGUUUCAUUUUAAAAGUAGUGUCUGCAUGGCUGGCCGAUGCGAGCACUUCACUAUGUCAGUGUAUUGUCAGUAUAUUGCAAUUGUUAGCUAGGUGUUUGCAUAAUUUUGGCACAGUGUUAUUACCUCAACAAUUAAAGCAUUGCUUUGUCUAUUAUUUAGGGUGUGUUCAUGUAAUUUUUAUUGUAAUAUCUAUUUGCUACUGUGGCAUACUUAUUUUUGAAAAUUUUUGAACAUUUUUAAUUAUCUUCUGUAUCGUACGGUGUAACGUAAGAAGUCAUUUGUGAUUUUCUUCUGAGAUCAAAUGUUACUGCUGCCUAGAUUGCUUUUAACUGUACACACAUGAGCUGAUAUUGGCAAUAAACUGUCCCACAGGCACAGUGGGGGGUACAUAAAAUCUGUAUCAUGUACCAGAUGCUGAAGAUGCUAAAACGAAACACUGGCAAACAAACAAAAUGUUGUUAUAUUAGCAUUUCAACUUCAAGGAUUCAAAACCUUAUUUGUCAUUUGCUCAGGUACCCAUGUACAGUGCAAGAUAUAGUAUAUGCACAGAGUAACAUAGCAAUAAAUAGACAUUGUAAUAAAUAUAACUAAAUGUAGACUGUCUGCCAAUUUAUGCAUAAGUAGGGUUACCAUAUUUGGUGAGACGAAAAAGAACAUAGAGUGGUGCAGUGGUUAGUACCACUGCCUCCUAGCAAGAAGGUCUUGGGUUCAAUCCCUGGGUUGGGCGCAGGGCCUUUCUGUGUAAAGUUUGCAUGCCUUCCCUUGCCCUGCCCCCCUGUUUGUGUGGAUUUCUGCCAGGGGCUCCGGUUUUCUCCCCCAGUCUGAAAAGUGUGCGCCAUAGGUUAAUUGGCAAAUCUAAGUUGGCCCUGUGAAUGCGUGCACUCUAUGGUGUGUUGGUUCCUGCCUGUACCCCUCAUUCCUGGGAUAGGCUGUGCCCCCCCCACACACACAACCCUGUUGGGGUUAAAUGGUGAUGGAUGGAGGCAAUGUCUGGAAAUCAAGAUAUUAAUGACCAGUCAGGUAGCACUUCUCUCAUGAAUAGAGCUUUCCCUAACUACCCUG